AUUAAUAUUAUAUCAGAAGCGACAAUUGCAGGUGGGAUAAUCCUCUGUCCUUGAUUUUGCAUAAAAAUACAAACAAAAUCGGACUCUCAUUGAUUUCGAUCCUCCGAAUCUCCCUCUCUCUUUCUCUUUCUCUCUUUCCUCUUUUAUAUAUCAUCACUUUCCCAUUUUCUCUAAACCCAAAUCAAAUUCUCAUAUUCACAUCUUACCAUCUUUCUUUCCAACAUUACUUCAUCAUUUUUUUUACCGCCUUUAUUGUCAUGGCUACUGCCGGCGAUGUUCUCAGGCAGACUUUACCGGAAGUCAGUCGUGCAGGUGAAUUGCACGUGCUUGCCGUCGAUGAUAGUCACGUGGAUCGUAAAGUCAUUGAAAGAUUGCUCAAAUUCACUUCUUGCAAAGUGACGGUUGUUGAGAGUGGAACUAGAGCUUUACAGUAUCUUGGGUUAGAUGGGGAUACAAGUUCCAUUGGUUUUGAUGGUGUGAAGGUUAAUAUGAUUAUGACAGAUUAUUCCAUGCCUGGGAUGACAGGAUAUGAACUACUCAAAAAGAUAAAGNNGGAAUCAUCCAUUUUCAGAGAGAUUCCAGUGGUGGUUAUGUCAUCUGAGAAUAUCUUGACCAGAAUUGAUAGUUGCUUGGAGGAAGGAGCUGAGGAGUUUCUAUUGAAACCUGUCAAGUUGUCAGAUGUGAAACGCCUAACAGAUUUCAUCAUGAGUGGUGAAGGGAAGAAAGUGGGAGGUAAAAGAUCUCAAAAAAGAAGUCGAUCAGAUGAUUGCAUUUCAUCUCUAUCAAGUUCAUGUUCAACGGUUUCUCAUCAAUGUGAUCUAUCUUCGUUGUCCCCGUCUGCAAUGUCAUCAAAGAAAUCUAGACUAUGACCAAUUGAUUUAUUGAGCAGUGCUCUUUUAUGUCUCCAUUUUUGCUGAACUUUUCCUUCAUAUCCCAGAGCAUGUGAUGUAAUUUGCAUUUUUAUACGACUGCUGACAAUGAGUAUAGAUUUAGGACUGAAGAAGAGGAUCUCAGAAUCUUGCUUUGAAGCUUACAUUUUUUAGUCUUUGCUGAUUUUGAUAUUGUAAAGAAAAAAUUUAUUAUUAGAAAUUAACUAAAUUCUCCAUUUUGUUACUUCGAGUCUGAUUACAUAUUGUUACUAACAUUUAAUAUGAUUUUAAAGUUUUGUACCCUCUAUUUAGAGUGUACUAUUUUGUUA